GUGAGCGGUCAAUUCUCAAUCACUCCCAUGUCUCAGCUAGUAACGGAAAAAAACAUUAUGCACUAUCGACUAAACUGGAUACUAAACCCGAGUACAACGCAAGUAUUUUCACGAAAGACAAUAUAAAUGUAAGAGAGCACCGGCGAAUAGCAGCGAGCGCAAGCAGUCAACGGACAAGACGAGCGUGAGCGUGUGACGUAUAUAUGCGUGUAUCGUACCAUUGUAUAUUAUUAUUAUGUUACGGCUACGCGAGAUAUGCUAUGAUAUAUUGGGUACACGCGAGUCGCGCGACCUGCCCCGUCUUCGGGUGCUUCAGCGAUCGAGGACUAAUUUUGAAGAGCGACUGAUGCACGGACUGGUCAAGCGGUCGCUGAUUCACACGCGGCAGAGGUCGUAACGGCGUUAGCAUUGACUGUUUCGAUCGCGUUGUCGACCGUCUCUGACGACAGAGCCAGACUCGGUCAAGCCGGGACUAUACAUUUUAGAGAGAAAAGAUCCGUUGUAGGAUGCUCGAGUGCGGCACGGGGCGGGCGAGACUUUGAUAGUUCAAAUGGAUAACAACCCACGUCGCGUUCGUUCCUCGCGCUCGAGUUCCGCAAACGUGCCAUAAUUAAUUAAUAACGAGCAUGAGCAGCUGUGUACUGCUGCCGAACGCGGACCUCCGGCCUCGACUCGCAACAAUGCCUAGUCUCGCUGAGGGAUUAGCAAGUCGCAGACGAGCCUCGAGGACCGGGAGACCGCUUCCUUGAACUAUAACUUGUAGUGAAAAAAAAAUAAAAAAACAAAUAAUAAGAAUCGCGGAGUGACGGGUCUCGGGCCACCCAUGGAACUCCGCGAGAGGCUCAACAGAACUCGAAGCUAAAGCUUAGCUGAUAAUUAUAUAAAUGAAAGAAAUGAAAACAUUGUAUAGGACUUUAUCAGACUUAAGGUUCCCCCAGAAUUCCCCUUCAAGACUUUUUCCCCCAAGCGUAAUUUUUAGGAAUCGUGAGAUGACGAGUUGUUUAUAAGCCUGUAUGAUAAAAGGAAUUCGCGACGCGCGAUGUCGUCGUAUCGGUACAAAUAAUAUAACGCCGCGAUUAAUAAUUGCAAAAAAUGAUAAUAAGAAGGUUGGCGUUGAUUAUACUGUAGUUAAUACCGAGCGGGACAGACAGAGACGUCGCGCGUACGUGGAAUAUAAUCGACGGUUUUAAAGAUGAUGAUUAAGAUGAAAAUAAAGGACGAGACGCUUGACUGACUGACACUCUGUAAUACACAAACACUAUGUAUGUUUACAUGCGUGUUUUCACGUACUAUAAUCACGCAUGUAUACGUAUAUGUACAUAAAUGUGGAAAUGCAUAAACAUUUUUGAACAUACAAUAUAUACGUCAUUACACUUGUGCAAAGCGACACACGGUAAUGAUGAUGAUGUAAAUCGUUAGUAAUAUACAUUGAAUACGAGUAAUACACGAUACACACUGAUACAUAAUGUACACACACAUACACACUCAUCACGAAAAUGAUUUAAAAACAUUGAAGAUGCGCGCAACUGUGCUCGUUAAAGCACAAAAACUAUUAGCUCGUAAGCGAACAAACAAAAUAUAAUUAUUACAAACAAGUUAUAUUAUAUAUAUUAUAUAUACAUGCAGAAUAUGACGAGAGGAAAAAAGCUCUAAGAAAGCGUAAAAAAUCGUCGCGACAGAUGAGACGAAGAAAGAGAGAUAAAAAAUCUAAAUGCUAAAUAUUAUAUAUAUUAUAUAUAUAAAUAUUAUAAAUAAUGAAUAUAGGGUCUAUGAGACUAGCGUAGUUAGGCGAAAAAGAUAAAGUGAGUGAGAAAUAUAAGCGUGACCGUGAGAGAAUGAGAAAUUCGCGCGCGUGAAUGCGAAUAAUCGGGUGAAAGUUGAUGAAUUAAUAAAAAAAGAUACGCGAGCAUAAAUGCGAAAUAGAGGUGCGAAUGGCAGACGCGAAGAUAACAAAUUUUUCUGCGACGGGCGUGAUUGAGCGUAAUCUGAGGUCCUGUGAUCGUUACUAAGCGAAAUAUUUUUUUAUUUCCGAUAUGUAAACGCGUAAUGAAAUUUUGCGUCGUUUCGAACUUUUUACUUGCAAUAUAUACCGUUACGUUCUCGCAAUACUAUUAGGGAAAGCAAGAGAUUAAAACAAAAGUUAAACGGGUGGGUCUUUCGAAUGGGUAUAAAUGAAAAAAUCGAGACACUAUCGAUUGUUAAAAAAGAUAAAUAUGGCUAAUUAAAGGGAAUUGAUUAAAAAAUUAUGGGGUUUUUAAACGAUGGCGAAAAGGCACAAAAAAUGGAAAGGCAAGUCCGUUAUAGGUUCUAACGAAGAUAAAAAGGGAUUGAGCGCAAUCCGUUAACGAACGCCGCUUCGAUAACACCGGAGGCACGCAUUUUGUAGACGAUUUGCGCCCCUUUUAAAGUCAUGGUCGUUCGCGCUUUCGAUGGGGAUACCUUUCGACGAGUCCAGACGAUGGAAAACCAUAACAUCAACUAAAAAUCAUAAACGAAAAACUUAUAAGAGAAAAUGUCGUUGACCGAAGACUAGUCACAUGUGGCGACGUUCAAUUCAAUCUCGAGAACACGAUAGAGCGAUUUUUUAGCCAAAAAAGUACUUUAGACACGGUAUUCGGUGCAAUCAAAAGAUACGAGAUAUUCCGCGACCUUUUCUACUGAAACUUGUUAAGCAAAAUAAAUAAUUCAGUAAGUUCCAAAAUGAUCGCGAUCGCGAGAACGAAUUCAGCGUUAGGAAUUGCGACCAGUUAUUUGGUCAGUCGUGCAUUUUUGUUUUUCGAUAGAAAGAAACGCGUAAUUCAAAUAGCCGCGUCGCCCAGGGCCUUUCAACUAUCGGGACGAGCAAAACAAAAAGGAAAAUUUUCAAACGAUCGCUAAAGGAUUCAUCGUAAAGCUACAUUUUAUCGAUCGGCACCGCCUCGUCUCGGGGCUCGCUUAACGCUUCAGCCAAAAAAUGAGAAAUCAAAAAUCUGUACUAUUCUAAUUGCAAUCAUCACCGUUUCAAAUUCAGACUAACUUUGUAUUGUUGGAUAUUAUUCGAGUCAAAAGAUCGGAGUAUGUACCAAUGAAGAAAUAGAAGCCCUCUUUGAUGAGAUAAACCUUCGGAGUUUUCUAAAAUCGUUAAGAAAAUUGAAGUGGAGCCAAGCGAGCCCCCUGUGAUGCACGCGCGACGAUCAUUGGUCGGUUUUAAACAUCGGUUUUUCUUAUUAUUUAACAGGAAUAAUGAGUAAGUAAGUAAUUUUCACCCCCAAUGAUGAACUUUUUCGUUACAGAGAGUUUUUUCCUCGGAUUAAGUAGUAUGUAAAUACACCUCUUGAUAUUCACGCAAGCAUAAAGAAUUACAAUAACUUAAACGAGUACAUAAUGCAAUAGGGUUAGUUUUUCUAUGUAAAUACCUAAAGCGCGGCGGCGAGUGCAUACCCUCGCCCGCGUAACCAAACGAUAAUAUACUUUUAUCGACCAGAGCUUCUGUUUUGUGCGUCGAUUCGCGCGGGCAAAUGAUUAUAACUAGAAAUGGAGAUAAAAAUACAGCGGACGCGCUAUCCGCGAACGGCCGCGCCUACCUCGGCACGGAUGCACACUGCAACUUUCGCGGAGCAACCUUUUUUGGAAAUAACGAUGAUCACACUGAGUGCAAAAAUGAGAAGCAGUUUUCUCGAAAAAAGGCCGACAACGGAACUAAGAGUCUUUACCGUGACGAGGUGCGCGAGACGUUUUGUAAAAGGCUGGCGCGUCCGCGCAUUUGUCAAAGGGCCAAGCGGCUUCGAUCGGGAAAAUUCUUGUUUUUUCUUUCUGCAAUGAAUAUGAUAACAAAAUGCAAAAACUUACACGGUUGAACAAACAAUGAUUAAGCAAAACGAAAAACGCGACACGCGGCAUACAUACAUAACAUUCACACUGACACUCACGAUGAGAAUAAGUGCAACACACUCCCUGGCAUUGCGAUGGUUGUACAAUUAUGCAAGCCUUUCUAAACUGAAAAACGAUAUGCAACAUGUACACUUUUUACCACACACACCUUGCACCCACCGGCACCACGACUGGCCGCCUCCACACACAUGUCACUGGUAGGGACCAACGUUAUUUGUAUCUCUAACCCGUACUUUUUUUCGCGUUUUACGGUUGUCACAGUGCAAAGCUGACUUUCCUCGAUAACCCGUCCCUUCUUCCCUCGGAAAAAAAAAUAACAUUUUCAUCAUUCGACCAACAUUUGGUGGCUAAAUGCUUUUCGCACUAUACUUCCCUGGAAAAAAAUAGAGCCAAAAAAAUGCUCACAGGUGAUCGACGCAAGCAUUUAUUCGACGCGAGCAAAUAUAAAGGCAAACCAAACUUGCGCGAGAACUUUUCAAAGGCGUCUAAAGGCUACUGUGUAGAUUUUUACGAACGUUCGAGAGUUAAAAGCAAAAUAUUGAAAAUCGCAAAAUCGUGUACUUUUUUACUUUUCCCGGUCCCUAAAGAGAACAAAGACAAAAAUCAGCAAAAGCAUAGAUGCAAAUCGAAAAAAACAAAACAAAAACAAACACCAACGAUACAAAAACAUCCAAGUACCUAAUACAAACUACAUCCACAUCACGUCGAUGACGUUCCUUCACUGACACACUGCAACAACAACUGUGCAUCAAAAGAGCCAUGAGACCAUCGACAUGGACGUGACAGUUUAUAUCGAUGAGCGAAGGAGCGAAAUCAACGGAGACCCGGUGCAUCCACAAGCGUUUUUCUAACGCAGGCCGUAUACUUCGAUAUUCGGCUGCCGAACGAACCAAACAUAAAUUUUUUCAGAAAAAGUCAACACACGUUAAAGAAAAAAAUGAGAAAAAAUGUAUACUCAAAAACGAAUUCGCCCGUUAAUGCGAGCCGUGCCCCGCGAACGUGUACAAUAAAUAAAAAACUCUCUUUUUUAAACAUUAAUGGAAAGGUGAAUAAAAAAGAAGACGAUGGAAGAAGAAGCACAAUUUACAAAUAGCUCGUAGUGUAUGUUCUGUAAUCGAUUGAAAGUUAAACCGCGACGAUUCUUAAACGAAACGUGUAACGUAAACAGUAAAGUAACGAAGUAAAUAAAUGAAUAAAAAAAAAGUGAGUCGACGCGUCGCAACGAGCCGACGUGGAAGCUGACGGCCGUACCGGCGCGCGGCGGUCGUUGGCCAAAUUGAAUAAUGAGAGAAACGUCGCGCGACUUGCGGCGCCGAGACGCAAAAAAGCACAAAAAAAUUUACAAAUAUAUUGAUUUACAUAUGCCCGUAACUCGUAAGAGGGCCAGCGGCGCAGACGAGAGGAAACUCUACUCGAUUGAUGGAAAAAAAAAUACCGGAGCUUCGACUCAGUCCUCAAUUCGCGUGCCUCGCGCGACGCGUAAAAUAAAAAGCGCAUGCUCGCGCGCGCGGCUAGUAGUCCGCGGCGAGUAUGGUCAGACGCGGUAGCGGUCAGGUAGCGCUUCGCCGCAAAGCCAACACGCCUCCGAUGAAGGCGAAGCGCGCGACCCGAGGGAACACCCAGAGUACUGGCGAUUGACGGAAGCGAGAACGAUAGCCCCGUAAUAGGUAGAUAAGAGUGAGCGCAUCUCGCUCUGCAAAGCCGGCCCUGCCCAAUAAUCUUAAUCUACUUCAUGUAAAUUUGCCUAAAUGUUUAUUAAUCUAAAAAUGCCAUAGCCCGGAUGCGCUGGUGCAUACUCCCAGCGCAUACACAUUCACAAAUACGACUCGACCUUAUCAAAUGAAUCAAUAAUGCCCGUGGGCGCGAAGUGUCGCGUCGCGGGCAUUCGGCCUCGGCGGCGAAAUUGGUGAUCGCCGACCGAGCCAACCCACAGACGCGCGCGGCGUCACGCACGCUGCGCGCAAACAACAACGAUACAACGACAUUCAAUAUAAAUAUGCCACUCCAGAGAAACACACAGUUUAACGGCGCGGACGCGGCAAUGCCCAUGCCGCGGUUCAGCUGCCGACCGGAUUACAAAAAUAGAUGAAAAAAAUAAAGCCCUGGUUUUUUGGAACUGUUCAAGGGACGCGCGCACGGCCCCACGCGCGCGCGGCCCCCAUUCACAUUUGCAUACACGGGAGGCCUCGCGGCCUCUCACAACACGCUACACUUUACAAGCUACACACUCGACUACACACUCUGAUACACAUUCGGUAAAAUAAAAAAUACACACGCUACGGAUAUGUAAAGCCAAUUGAUUUUGUAAAUUGCCCAAAACUUUGUAAGCUAGAGGAAGUAUCGCGUAUUUGGCUACAACCUUCACUGGAAUCUCUCGGUCACUCGAUAUGACAAUGGAAUUCAGAGUCGACGGCCUCCGGGGCGGCGGAGCGACGAGCCAUCAGCCGAGCGAACGCCGGAAGACCGGGCGCCAAUUGGCGGGGAAAGAUUUUUCUUUCCCCGCCAAUGAGACACGAUGGCGAACGGCGUGCCGCGAGGGCUAGUCGUUUUCCCCGCGUCGAACGCCCGUCGAGCCGAUUCGGAAAGCGCGAGGAGCUAAAUUCUUUCGUGGAAGCUAGGAGACGAAAAAGAAAAAAAAACGAACAAAACAGUGAGAAAGAAAACUUCGUACGUUGCAAGAAGGAUAUUUACAUUCAACGGCGAAUUCGCGGCCUUUGUUUGGAUGCACGUAGAGGCGUUUUGAGAAAAGGAAAACAGCAACAACACCCGGACACGACCAAUUACAUCUCGGUAGAAUCUUACCGACAUACACAUACCCCGGAUAUGACGAACUCGGAUUUGACAAUAAUCGAGCUCGGGGCCGAUGCAUGUAUACCUAUCGGCCCCCGGCGAUCCAACAGCCUGACUAUAGAUAUGAAUGAGAGAUGAAGAAGCCGACAGUGAAAAGACAGAGCGAGAGAAAGAGAGUAUGCAGAAAGGCGGCGCGACACGAGGAGGCAAACGAAUCACAAUACAAAGAACGUCGCGCCGCCGCACACAAUAAAGUCCGGCUUUUAAACAAAAAGUAAUAAUAAAAAAAUGAUGAUGAAGCAGUAAAUAAAUGCGGCUUUAAUCAAGCAAAGAAAGUUCAUUUGUUUUCGAUCGGGUUUUAAUUUUUUAAUGAAAUAAUCUUGCAGUAAAACGAAUACGCGAGCAGCGCGCACCGGUUCCCCCAGGUUUCUCAGCCGUGUCUGCAGAGACGCGGCUGAUCGACCGCUGAGCUGACGUGUGCUCGCGCGUAUUCCCGAUAUACCGUAAUAAUGCGCAGCAAAUGAAAACCGACAGUCUAUAGCAGUGCGAGCGCCUCGGCGUCUACACGCGUCUUCACGCGUGCGGAUCACUGUCCGAGCCUCCGUGAUUAAAAACCGGAAUAAGUUGUUUCAAUGUCCACUAUAUAAAACGGGAGCCAAUAGUUGUUAAGACGGCGGGUCUCUGUGUCUUCUUCUUUUGCCCAAUCACUCUCUCUCUCUCUUUGGAAUGCAGUCGAAAUUUCGAAAUUUCGGAAACGCACGUAGUCAAAACGAGAAUAAUACGAGUUUCGGAAGAUUAAGAAAAAUUGAAAAAUCAACUCUUCGGAGACACUGAGUAUCUAUCGAUCGAGCAGAGAGCACAGAAGACGACCCGCCGCGCUAUCGCUGGCCGGUGGAGGCAACAUCUGGAGAUUUUCCGAUUUCCGGACUGGACCCUCCCUCGGCGAGUGUAGCACUUUUCAAAAUAUUCUCCGAUGUUUUGUUCAACGGGAAUAUACUUUUUUUUGUCCCCGAUGCCCCCAAAGUUCUCAUCCUCCGCAUGCGAGUCCGAGAAGCCGACCGAGUCACACUGAAAAUUCAAUCCGUGAAAAGUAUAUGCACUGAUCCUUCCGCAUAAUUGGCCUGACGUAUAACGUACAGAAUGAUAUAAGCCGUCGAGUGGGUGCCUCUGUAAGGGUUUUUCCGUUACAGUAACAAAGAUUUUUCUCAAAUAUAAACCACAACAGUUAGUAGUGCUAGUAGGAAACAGUAAUUACAAGUGUACCACAGUUAAACAGUUGAUAAGUAUAACUUAAAUACAGGAAGCACGUCGUCGUCUUUCUCAGUGUCUGCUCGUCGUUUAUGCAACCGCAGUCAUCGCGCCAAGUGCCGACAGACGUAUAUUCAUCCGUACGUCUGUCCGAGAAAUCAAAGAACCGCGAACAAAAACAUGAACAAACAUUUCCUGAUCCCGAAAUACUAAUAAGAGUCCUCCCAUACUCUUCCUCUGGAGGGUGGAGGCUCCUCUUUCGGAGGACGCCUCUACGCAGCCCUCGUCAAUGUCAACAAACCCGCACAAUCCCUGAAAUUGAUCUUCCAAUCCAAAGGAGAAAAAUAGAGAGUUCUUCCAUUGUUUUGAAGGCCAAAUCCCCCGUCCAACAAAAAAAGUAAAAAACAAACCUGAAAAAUGCCAAUCCCACCGUCCACGUCGAUUGAGUGCCCCCCGCCCCAGAAUCCCCGUGUGAUCGUUUCACUCGUCUCAAAAAUUCCAUACCCUCACACACAGUCACACGUCACGCGGGAAUCUACGCAUAACGAGUAAUUUAUUGAUAAAUAAAUGUAACUAAGUGUUUGUAGUCUAGACAAAGUACGUUGUAAUGUACUCCGAGUAUAGGUGGGAGAUAAGGCGCGAUGGAGCCGUUUAUUAAUAAAACUUUACAGGAUAACAGAAAAAACACAAGCAGAUUAAGUAUAACCAUAACCGCUCGAUUGUCAGCAGCUCUCACAGCUCUUUCAGAGUACAGCCAAGAAAUAUUGUUGAUUAACCACAGCUAAAUAUCCAUAUUCGCAUACAUGCAUAACUACUUAAUUAUUAAUUACCGUAUCAAGAAUAAACAGUGUUUAAAUAAUAAAGCGCGAUCGCUAUAUCACAUAACGUCGCGCACUGCAAGCGCGGAGGCACUUACUGCGGCAUCGAGGCAUUUAUGUAACAAUAAAGAGCCACCCCACGACUCGGCGCUCGGACGCGAAUCGGAGGGUAUCCGAACACGCGAGAGACUCUCUGUUCUCGAUUUCGCCGCUGCACUCGCUGGCUCUUUCCUCUCCACCUGCGCGAUGAUCUGAAUGCCACGCCAAAAGAACUGGCGCUACUUGCUACAGCACAGCCAGCUGCAGGCGAACGAGAAAGGGGUGGGCUUCGUGUUCGGAUUUCCCUUUUUCAUUGAACUUUUUCAACGAGUGCAGCCUUAGGUUCUUUCACUUAUGGCGUUGCUUUUAAUGAAAACACAAUACAAACCCCCAGAGCCCCUUCAAAAAUUCCUCCAACAAGCAAGACCCCCACCUACGCCCCCACAACAAACCCCCUCAGUCUCACAAAUAAAAAACGCGUUGUUUCAACUUCGUUCGCGAACUUCUGAGUUACGCGCCGACGCGACAACGUUCCGGGUACACUUCCUCUCGCGACUGCGACGAUUCGAAAAGUUCAAAUUUCUACAACUCGUACCUACUACUACGCUGAGAUGCAGUGGAUGAGGAAAAAAUCAACGAUUCCGGAAGCCUGUGAUAAAGUCAAGGGAGUGUGCCCCGAGCCAAAGCGUCGACGUACAAGUUGAACGUUACGUUUCAAACUUCAAACAUUUACGUACAGUUAGUUACCAUGUAAUACAAGUACAGAUUAUCGUUGAUUUGCCGAAGGUCGGAUCGCCCCGUAUCGCUUUGAGCGGUAUUCCGCCACAGAGGUAAGGCUCGACAAGGCGAUACGAGGACACAUCCGACUGACUUUAAUGGUAUCGAUUGAGUUUCGUCGAAGUCCCCUUUUGGGCAAACACACCGACGCAAUCCCGCAUUAUUUCCGCCGGUCGAACCGGGCGCAAUUCCUUGAUCUUCCAAUGAGGACGCGAAGUUCAGACGAAAUUCCGCGUAUUCGUCUAGUAUUGGUAAUCUUCAAUUCCGCAGUUAUAAGAAAAUAUUAUUAUACGUAAAAAAGAUGAGCUUCCGAAUGAAAUUCUAUUCUAGUCAAAAAAAAAAAAAAAAAAAAAAAACGGUACAAAGCGAAGGGAAAUCUUUGUGAAAAUUCCACAAAAGUGGUUUUACUUGGAAAUCGUGGGAUUGCCCGGAGCCCGGCGGGACAGACUGCGAUACAACAUCAGCGUUAACAAAAUAUAGCCUCUUUUCUUUGCAUCAAUGUCGAUCGAUCGGAUUUUUGAAUAUCACGGUCGAUCGAUCGAUCGGUCGGUCGAUCGAUCGGUCGAUCCCUGUAUAAGCAAAAGCGACACUCUUUCAAAUGGAUGUACAGUGCGAAUGAAUCUUUCAAAGUUUCUGUUUGACAAAAUAAUUCUAUGUAUCCCAGCGCUUUUGAAUUGCGGGCUUGAUUUUUUUUCGGGCGCGGAUCCUCCCUUCGACGUUCAACUGUUGAGAAUAAUUGGCCACGAAAGUUAAACUUUAAGUACGAGAGAGGUCAAGACGAACCGCGAGGGAGGAUCCGUGCUGCAAUGUGCCCGACUAAUGUUCGAUAUCGCGGUUGACUAAUGUAGUACCUUUUUAAUUUGUUAUUUUAUACUACCAUAGGAGGCAAUUGAAGGCGUAUUUUACAGAAAUACAGUAAUCAUGAUCGAGAGUAAAAUCAUUUGCACGGGAAUCGAAUUGAAAUCAAAUGAAAGCCAAAAGAUCGGCGAACUUUGCUGGAAUAUCGUUAAAGCUUGUCUUUCGUAGCGGGAGAAAAAUUUGAAGCUCGAAAAGAAAUUCCGAUGUUCGGGGGAAGGGACUAAAUUCGUACGGAGCCAGAGUUGAGAUAUAAGAGGGAAAAGCCACGUGUUUUUUUUUUAGAGAUUCUCUUUUUUAUAUUAAAUAUAUGUUAUACAUAUUAUAUAUUUACGAUGAUAUUUAUGUACGUCGAGCCGAACUUGUGUACGUAAAUAGAACAACUCGUGAGUUAGCUCUGUUAGGAUUAAGUUUCUUUUUUAUAUGCUCGUGGUAGUGUUAAUUAAUUAAUUCUAAUCAGUUAUUGUUGACAUUGAAGGUGUUUUUUUUCUGUGACGCAUAGUAGCGGAUGCGUCAAUACGACUGAAUGUUCUGUUUAUUACUAUUAUUUUUGUCUUUUUAAGAUUAACCCACUCUCGCUUAGAAUUAUUAUAAAAAGUCGGUUGAAGCAGAUCCAACUUAUUAUCGAAACUUGUCAUUAAUUAAGCAUGGAAAUCGUUCCCAUUCUUUCUAGCCAUUCUCUCUGUUUUGUCUUCUUUAUUUUUUAUAUAAACUAUAAGCGUUUUCUCGCAGGCGAUGAUCUAGUAUCGGGCUUUUUUGACUUUCCGCCUUUACCUUUUCUAUAGAGGAAAGUAGUUUAGAGAAAUGCUUUUUUAUUGUUCGCGCUCUCGCGAUUCGUUCGCCAGAUUGGGUCGAUUCGUUUGUACCAGAGUUCCUAUGAGUCGAUUCGUAAAAUUAUGAAAAUGUGAGGUGAAUCCACUGAAAUUGAGAAAAAUUAUUUGUAAACUAUAGGAUAAGCGACGUCGACCAAUUUGACGAACGAAUUUCUACGCUUCGCUUACUAGUCAGAAUUGGUUUUAAAAAAGAAAAAAUAACAUUUGAAAUUAUUCACUUUUAACGUCGUAUCGUUUUUAUGAACUCUGUAUGAUAAGUAAUGAACAAAAGUAAAUUACCGGUCUGCGUCGAGCCUGAGCGUAAAUACUACGGUUCUUUAGUUACUAUUCUGGUAGAGAGUAUCGCGCGCGCGUCAUGAUCGGCGUCGAAUACACGUCGUAUUUUUACGUUACUAUUAUAAUUUUUAAUUAUAUAUUAUUAUGAUCAUUAUUAAUUAAUAAUUAUCAUUGCGCGUUAUAGACUUAAAUAAAUUUACGUUUUUUUUUUGUACGAGUCACUGCUAUAAAGGAUUUAGCGACUACCUUCUAGCAAUUCAUAUAGUUGCAUUGUACCGAUUAAAUUUACGUUUACAAAUAUAUAUGCAUAUUAUAUUUUAAAAAAUGGUUUAUAUAAAAAAAGAAUGGAUACAAGCUACCGCUACUUGCUACUCGCUAACUAGAAAUUUAUUUUUUAUCAUAUUCUUUUCUUAUAUUUUUUUUAUAGGUGAACAUGUUGAACCAUAAUUUGCCUUCGUUCUCGCGUGUGUUUUUUUUAUUACUUGAUGUGAUAUUUCUAGUUUCGUGUGUGUAAUAUUGUUCUCGUGAAAGGUUUUUUUAUAGUUGAGACUUGUCCUUUUGAUUUUAACGAUGAGGGGAGUUGAAGAUAAAACGAGCUGGUUCCAGUGAAUUACAAAAACGAAACGUAUGAACGAAUAACAAGUAUCGAUUAUGUCUCUUCUUAAGAAUGUAAUAACUAACAAAUAUCUCUAAAAUACGCUGACGAUUGUCAUAAGAAAUUUAGGACACGUGCAUUUAUUAAACAUUAUAUCGUUAUACAAUUACAUCGGCUGCAUCGAGAGUUCAAGAUGCUUUAAGAAGGAAGCACAAAUUCAUUGUUCUUCUAGUUGAAUAUAUUUUAGGAAAUAUAUAUAAAUAUAUAUAUAUAUAUAUAUUCGUUUUUGUUACAAUAAAAGAAAGAAAAAUAAAUAAAUUUUUACAUAAUAUAGUAAUUUACGAGAAAAAAAAACUUUGUAAAGCGUCUCGAACUCUUGUUGCGCUUGUUAUUAUUAUUAAUUAUUGCUAUUAGUAACGAUUAGUUAUAUUAUUGCUACUUCUAUAACGUCUAUCUAUUAUUAUGAUUACUAUUAUUGUCAAUUAUUAGUUAUCGCUUUUGAUCGGUUGAUUGACGAAAGAACUGUUUGAUCCUAACAUUUUUUAAUCUAUAUCAAUCGUGUUUCGGCGAAAGGCGAGGUCACUGUUUAGCAAAGUGUGUUAUUGUGGCUCGACUUGCGUAUGGGAUCAGAUAAGUUCAACAUUAUAGUACAAUAAAAUGAUGCGAAAAACGAGAAUUCGUAAACCUUUGCGAUUUCUGUUUUUUUGCAUCACAGAAUGAGGUUAUAUAAGUGAAACACAUACUGUAACACGCGGAAGGCAAGGAAGUACAAUUACAGAUUUUACAAACAGUUUCGACCUUAAUGGCGCAUAUGAUAUAAUUCUUUCGCGAGAAAGAAAAGAGGGUGUAUAAAAUGAAAAAAAAAUUAAUAAAAGAAAAAUUUCGCUACAGUCGCUGUGCACAGUGUUGAUAUUUCCAUUUGUGGGAACGAAGGUUUGUUGUUCGUGUUUUGAAAUGGAACGCAUCUCAAGUAUGAAAAUCAUAUUUUUGUAUUAACGAAAAAUAAGAUAUUCGACAUUACAUUCACUGGAGAUCUUGGAUUAAUUUGUUCUGAAAGCAAAAUCAUCAGUUCGUAAUUUGGAGAUGAAGUUCGAUUCAAAACUCGAGUAACGAAUUCGUUUCUGAGUAAUGAAAAUAUCCGUCGCUGGGCACUCUGAGAAUUUAAAGAAGAGAGAAUGAUAGAACGAAGUACUGCACGGAGAAGUGCGUAGUUACGGCGUGCGUAUAAAUAUUCCAGUCUCUUUCGGUUACGAGCCACAGUUCCGCAAGUGUAGAAUUUUGAACAAGUAAUGAGAGAAGAGGGAGAAAAAACGGAAUCCAUAAUGAAGGUAUAUUGACACGAGUGCAUACCCGGAUAAUCCAAAUGAGUAUAGACGAGGAUACGUAUGUAUAGACGCGAGAGGUUAAUAAUCCAAAAAAGAUAAAUCUUUCUCUUCAUGGACAAUGAUUAUGACGAUGAGCGAUUAUAAGUCGUGAGGUAAAAAAUAAAAAAUAAAGCGUUGACGACCUUUUCCUGGUGGAAGCCAAAAUCUGUGUAUCAUCGCGAGAUUUUUUCACAAUUCUUCGCGCGUCGCGCGCGCACGCGGUUAUAAACUCAUGUAUAACGAUUUCGAAAGAGUCACAAAAUCACAAUGAAAAUUCACACUCGCAGAGGAGUGAGAGUGUGAUGAAAAGGGAUUUUUCAACAGUUCAGGACCCCUUUUUCGGUGUAAAUAAGAGGCGAGCUAAAAAAUAUAACGGGCCAGCCGCGAAAAACAGCGCCGUGUUGUAAAGAAAAAAAAUUGUCCCCCUCCCUAGGCAAUGUUUUUAGGCUUGUGCGAAAAUGUAAUAGCCAUUGAUGCGCGGUGAGAUCGACGCGGAGUUGAGAAAAACACACCACGUUGAACAGAGAGGAUGAUGAGAAAAAAAACAGCAACAAAUUUAUUCUAGUCAUAAGGGAAAUGCGAAACGCGAAAAUUUGGAGCCUCCGUGGCGGCGCCGGCUCGAUCGUUCCAUCGUCCGCGGAGACAUUUGUAAGUAAUAUGUAGACCCUCGCGACUGACGACUUUCGAUAACUGCAAAAUUCUCUUCCACAAGGAGACGCAAAUUCACACACAUUGUAAAUAACCGCAAUCUUCGCGCCGCUCUGCGCGAAUGAGAAAUCGAGCAUUCGGUCCGGUCCGGCAUGCCACACGCGAAACAUGCACGAAAAAGCAACCAUCGAAAUUCGACGGAACGAAUCGUGCGAGCUGAAGCCACGCGGAGGUUCGCCUUAAAAUUAAGCUCUUAUAGGAAUUAUUAAAUGCUGGAAAAGGUGAAUGUGAGAGAGCAAGAGAGUGCGAAGAGAAAAAUUGCGUGCGAAUGUGCGAGAGAAGCGGGGUGAGCGAUAAACGAGCGAUAAUAUCGAGAUAUACGGGGUUGAGGAGAAGAAAAAUUAUUGCGAGAAUGUGCGAGAGCUUGAAUACGUGAGAAUUUAAAAAUAGAGAGAGAGAGAGAGAAAAAAAACAAAAUUUUACUACCAAGUGGACUAGAAUCGCAACCGAUGGGCAUUAUUAAAAGCGAAAAUAAAAUAAAAAAGCAUGAUGGAACGAUAAAGUUUUUCGGAGCGUUUUUUCCGAUAUGUGAAAUGGAGAAAAAAAUGCGUCCAAAAUUGUACCUAUUUUCAUUUUAUAAAUUAUAUAAAUAUAAAUAUAUAUAUAUAUAGAUAUACGACGACCUCCUAGACCGAUUAAACUAUUAUGUGAAGUAUAUAAUGUAAAAGGGUCAAAAGAAGAUUAUUGUAUCUAUAUUCAGGACUGACGCAGAUGACGAUAAUAAAUAUUGUACUCGAGUCGUGGUGAUUAUUGUAUAGUUAAGUCAAGAGAGUUAAAAACUAAGCAAAAAUGAGUGAAAAAUGGUAAUCAGAAGAGAGAUGAGAAAAAAACAAGGUGAAUCAGAUCACGCUUUUGGCAACGCGAAAAAGUUGGUAAAAAUGUAGUCGAGAUUAUUUACGAAUUCAUGGUUGUACAUUGUGUGUCAGAAAAAGCGAACCUUUCUUUCGUAUAUCCCCUUUUACGAACGACUAUACCGACAGCUGAAAAAAAACUAAUCUAGGAAAGAAAUACUAUAUCGAUGCUAAUCUAAAAUAAAAUGACGAAUGUUUGUAAAGGAAGGGCAGAAAUUUCGAAAAAAAGAUGUCGUAAUCAUUGGUGUACCUUGUUUCUUCUUUUCGUAUAAAUAUAUAUAUAUACAUUAUAAAUAGAUAUUCAUAAUUAUAUGGCGUACGCCUUUGGGCUUCGAUUCGCGACCAAAAUAAUAAAAUAGAUUACGGAACUGCGCAAUUACCGAACCUUCCCCUUUCGAAAAUUCUUCUACUCGGCCGCGUUUGGAAUGCAAGCGAAAUUCGCCUAAAAUUAAAAUGACAAUGUUCGAAUGAUUGUUGCAACUGAAAAGGGCAACGAAGGCUUUUGUAAUCGCAGCAGCUCCUCGCGUCUCGAAUCGAAGCAUCAGUAAACGAGAGAAUUAUAAAGAUCGAGAGAAAAGCAGAAAAAAGGGACGCAGCGUAACUAUCUCUCUCUCGGUGCAUUCUUCGAUACGAAGAAUUUCGGUUGUUUUUUGUAAAAAAAAAAUAAAAAUAAAAAUGAAAAGAAAAUAUGAUGAUAAGAACGUUAUACCGUACCCUUGUAAUAAUGCGACGCUGGAAGCCAAGAUAACACGAUAAAUACAGAAUAAUUAUCCUUUUGUUCUUUAUAUUAUAUCAUCCAUUGUUAUGAAGUCUUUGAAAUACGUGAAAGCAGAAGAUAAAAAAAUUGACUCUUCUUAUAUAUAAAGAAAAAAGGUAAAGACACGUGAUCCGUAUUUUUCACAUCGUUCAGUCUUUCACGUAAUAUUUGUACUUCUAGCGCGCGUUACGAUAUAGAAUAACAUUGCCUACGCAGAGAAGGACGACCGUCGGCCCAACUUUAUACAUGUACAAAAACUCGACGACACAUCAUUGUUAUUCUUCGACGCGAUGGUCGCCAGCUCGAUGAUUUUUUUAUUUCAACGAAUGAGAGUAACGAGUCUUUUGAAUAUUCAGAGCCGCGACCCUCGCGUAGGAGAAAUUCUGGAGAAGUAACAUCCGAAAAGUGUGAAAGCGAUAACGUACCAUCGACAUCCCCGCCAAGAAUAAGCAACUGCCGACCGACGGUCGUCGCUGUCGUAUCGCGGGCCACGAUGUCAAAUAUUUGUAAGAGAGCGAAGAAAAAGGCAGCGAGUUGUCAAAGUUGGUUAACACUUUUUCUUCGCUCUUACUCCCCUUGAUUCUUCCGUCUAACCGCAGCGGAAAAAAAUCUAUCGAAGGUCUUUUCUUAUUAUUCCCUCACAAUCAAAUCCUCUCCACACCUUUAUACACACGUUACGAAGAAGAAUGUGAAGAAGAAACGAAGAAAUGUUACAAACACUCCCAUUCCAAUCGACCGCAUUUCUCCCGUACACACGAAUAUAAUAUAAUAUAUAUUUCGAAAAAUUUUUUCAAUUUCCAUACUACCCUUGCCGCGUUCCCAUCCUUGUCGUCCAACUCCAAUCCCGUUCCAGCUCCAUCCCUGUUUCCUGUUACCCCCACGUUUCACGAUUCCUACCCGACUACCAGUGUGAAUGAAUGUUGAAAUGAAAAAAAAAAAUAAUAAAUUGUGUAAAAGGGAAGCAUCGAGCAAAGAACGACUAAAGCACAUAUUCGUCGGACCGUAGGGACAUUUUGCAUUAAUUGUGUAAACACGAGAACUUAAGGGAAAAAAUAAAAAAUGCAGAAGCGAAAACUAACAAAAAAAUAUUAAGCGUUGUACCAUGUGUACUCAUUUUAUUCUAUACACUUAUGUCGUCGAUCCCGCUCCUUUGUGUGACAUAGAUGUCGUCUCUUUUUUGUUGUUUCUCUUUUUUUAAUUUUCGUUUAAUUUAGCGUAGCUAUCUUUUUAUUUGUACAUGCCAUCUUCCGUUUUCAUUUUGACAAUUACAACAACAGCAUAUUAGAAUUUAUUUUAAGUGACGGCGCGUUAUUUCUGUGUUCGAGAUGCUAUGUAAUUAUGUUAUUAUACUUAGUUAUUAUUUUUAGUUAUUAUUAUUAAUAUUAUAUACUUAUUACCUAUUAUUAUACGCUAUAUAUACGAUUAGUUAUUAUGAUUUCAAGCCUACUGUUAUUCUUUUGCCACUGCUUGCAUCAUCGACGCUCAUUAUUGUGGUUAUAAAAUCAUCUUUACAUUUUAUUACUAUUAUUACAUUUAUUAUUUCUAUUAUUAUUACUAUUAUUAUUAUUACCUGGUACAAUAAAGAUUUACUAAGAAUAAGUCUCGUGCUUAACCUAAAUUUUCUGUUUGCAAUCAACCCCCCUCGUAGCAAGUAUCAUCGCAGACAAGAUACAGCAAGACUAUCGACACGUAUUGGCCUUAUCGCUCGUGACCUUUUCAUGCACGAGUAUCAUCGUUUGAUAUUUUAAAUCUUGCGCUCGUGGUUUUUAUUUUACUUUCAUAUAUUUCCACUGGAAACUGACAAGGUAAAUUAUUCAUCAUAAUUUUUUUCAGUAUAAUAUAAGACGUGAAAAAAUAUACGCGAUACAUUGUUCAUCGAUCACGCUUGACAUACGUUUGAAGAAAAAGUAUCAUUGUAAAACGUGGAAGGCUGUGAGUUUUUGUUGCCAAAAAGACAAUGCUGUCUGCGACUUCCGCACUCGCACAUUAUCCACCGUCACAAUGAACGCUUGUAAUAAUUCGAUGAGUCGAAAAAAAAACCUGAAAUCGCGAAAAACGCAAACUCUCCAGCCGGUAAUCGAGGAUACUUUUAUUUUCCGCGCAUCAAUGAUCGACGAAUUUUCCGCAUAGAGCGCACGCAAUGAAGUGCGCGAUCGAAAGAGAGGUCACAAGUCAAAUCGAGCCUAUUCCCCGAGACUUCAUUGAGUCCGCGCUCAGAGCCGACGUCGCCGAUUACACAUUUAUCCCACAACAAUAUCUGCCCGCUCGGUCGCACGCAACGCGGUAUCUUCGGCGCAGUCGCGCGAGCACGCGCCUCUGUGUCGCAACCCGGCAUGCCAGAGUCUCGCUCGCCGCCGGAGCCGCGAAAUUUUCAGUCAGUCGACAGCCGAAAGAGAGAAUGGGAUCACCGGCCGGCAUCACGAGGGCGCUUCGCUGUCUGCACAGCAAGUUGACGACCAAUAACGAGAGACCGCUGCUGAGGCUCUUCUCCGCGAAAGCUGCCGCCGCCGCCGAGCCCAGGAAGACCUGCCUCUACGACCUGCACGUCGACCACAAUGGCAAAAUCGUCGACUUCGCCGGCUGGCUGCUGCCCGUCCAAUAUCGGGAAGCAAUUGCGGCGUCGCAUCAACACACUCGCACCCACGCCUCGGUCUUUGACGUCGGCCACAUGCUGCAGACCCACGUGACGGGCCGCGACUCCGGCGAGUUCCUCGAGUCCCUCACCACCGCUGAUCUGCAGAGCCUCAAGCAGGGCAGCGCCGGACUGACGGUUUUCACGAACGACCAGGGCGGAAUCCUCGAUGAUCUCAUCAUCACCAAAGAUCGGGAUGACAAGUUCUUCGUCGUGUCGAACGCCGGCAGGAGGAACGAGGACACGGCGCUGAUGCUCAAGCGACAGAGCGAGAUGAAGGCUCAAGGAAAGGACGUGAACAUCCAGUUCUUGGACCCUCUCGAGCAGGGCUUGAUAGCGUUACAGGGGCCGAGCGCGGCGACGGUACUGCAGUCGCUGGUUCAGAUUGAUUUAACGAAGCUCAAGUUCAUGAUGAGCGUGGAGACGGAGAUCAAUCAGAAGCGCGUGAGAAUAUCCCGAUGCGGUUACACUGGCGAAGAUGGCUUCGAAAUUUCCAUUCCCGGAACGGACGCGAGGACCAUCACGGAGAUCAUUUUGGAGAAUCCUGACGUGAAGCUCGCGGGACUCGGACCCAGGGACAGCUUGAGGCUGGAGGCUGGUCUUUGUUUAUACGGCCACGAUAUCACCGAAGACACGACGCCCGUAGAAGCGACGCUUUUGUGGCUAGUCGCGAAACGUCGCAGAGCUGAAGCAAAUUUUCCCGGUGCCCAGCGUAUUCUCGAUCAAAUCAAGAACGGCGUGACGAAGAAGCGCGUCGGUCUGACUCUGAGUCAAGGUCCACCGGCACGUGAAAACGCGCCCAUCCUGACAGCAGCUGGUGAACGCGUGGGUAAAGUGACGUCGGGUGGACCCAGUCCGACCCUGGGUAAGCCCAUCGCCAUGGGUUACGUGCCCCUAGAACUGGCCAAGGCUGGCACAAACGUUCUCGUAGAAGUCAGGGGCAAGAUGUACAAAGCUGUGGUUACGAAGAUGCCGUUCGUUAAGUCUAACUACUACACAGACAAAUAGGAGGCGGCGCAGGCGACGAUUGCGCGAGAAGUAAGAUGUGAUUUGUUUGAAAAGUUGUGAAGUAACGUUUUUGAAUAGUUACUUACCUAUGGAUUAAGAAAAUUGUAUAUACAUUAACAUUUGUUCAACAACGAUGUGAAUAUUAAUGCUAAGUUUGCCAUUAUUCAAUUUGAUACUUGUUAAGAUUUUUAAUAAAUUUAUGAUGAUAAAAGUUGAAA